AUGACUGAUGCACAUGGGUUUCUGAAAGCGACUGAAUUGAAUGCAGCAACACUUUGUUUAGUUAAAAAUGUUCAGGCAACAGCAUUCGCCCAGGAAUUAAAGAGUCUGCAACAUGACAAGCCAUUAUCAACAGACAGUAAACUUCGAUCACUCAACCCGUUUUUAGAUGAAGUGAAGGCUGUUCAUUUGGAGAUUGCUUUUGAUCUAACCACCGAAGGAUUUUUGAACACCCUCAAGCGAUUCAUAGCUCGAAGAGGAAAACUAUCUAACAUAUUUUCUGAUAAUGCCACAACAUUCACUAGUGCAAAUAAGGAGUUGAAGAGGCUACUUGCGGAAUUUAUGAAGUCAGACCACCACGAAGGAUUAGCACAAGUAGCUGCAGAAGAAGGCAUAAACUGGCACUUUAUUCCCCCAAGGGCACCGAAUUUUGGAGGAAUCUGGGAAGCUGCUGUAAAGUCCUCCAAAUCCCACUUUAGACGAGUUACAGGCACCUCUUUGCUUACAAUGGACGAGAUGCAAACUCUGACAAAUCAAAUUGAAUCCAUUUUAAAUUCCAGUCCUCUAACAAUCUUAUCAAAUUAUCUAAACGAUUUAUCCUUUCUUUCUCCUGGGCAUUUCUUAAUUGGAGACACUCUUAUCACUGUACCAGAACCGACUUUGAUUAACGUUAAGGAGAAUCGACUAAGCAGAUGGCAAAGAACCGAACAGAUAAAACAACAUUUCUGGAACAGGUGGUCUAAGGAUUAUUUAAACCAACUUCAGCAACGCAAUAAAUGGCAAAGGAAAGGAACUUCUAUCAACAAGGGGAAUUUAGUCAUCUUGCGCGAAGACAAUACUCCUCCAUUGUGUUGGCCCUGCGGACGAGUUCAAGAGGUUCACCCGGGCACCGAUGGAGUCAUCAGAGCAGUCACCGUCAAGACAUCUCGAGGAAUUUUUAAGAGAACCACCAACAGACUUUGUAUAAUGCCAAGCAAUGAUUAA